AGCUGCUCACAAGGCCUGGUCACAAGCUGGUCACUGUGGAAGUUUCUACAGGCCUUCAUAAAUCUUCAGUGUCAACAUCUUUGGUUAUAUAAAGAGACGAAAAGAAGAACGUCGAAAGAUGCCUGGCAAAAUGCUGACUCUUCUUUUCUUCCUGAUUGCAUUGGCCAACUUUGCUGGUGCCCAAAACACAACAUCAACAACUGCAGACACUGGCAGCACUACAUCCACAACCACUGGCGCUUCAGCCACAACUUCCACCAGCACAACCACUGCUGCGUCCACCACUGAUGCUAGUUCUACAACUACAGCUGGUUCUACAACCACAGCAGUAGCCACCACCACAGCUGGAGCCACCACCACAGCAGGAGCCACCACCACAGCUGGAGCCACAACCACAGCUUCUACAACCUCUUCUGGGCCUACAACCACUGCUGGUUCUUCAACCACAGGUGGAUCUACCAAUUCUUCUGGGGCUACAACCACUGCUGGUUCUUCAACCACAGCGAUGAACUCAACUACAACUGCUGCUGCUACCACGACUACAACAUCAACAACUGCAGACACUGGCAGCACUACAUCCACAACCACUGGCGCUUCAGCCACAACUUCCACCAGCACAACCACUGCUGCGUCCACCACUGAUGCUAGUUCUACAACUACAGCUGGUUCUACCACCACAGCAGUAGCCACCACCACAGCAGGUGCCACCACCACAGCUGGAGCCACAACCACAGCUGGAGCCACCACCACAGCAGGUGCCACCACCACAGCAGGAGCCACAACCACAGCAGGAGCCACAACCACAGCUUCUACAACCUCUUCUGGGCCUACAACCACUGCUGGUUCUUCAACCACAGGUGGAUCUACAACCUCUUCUGGGGCUACAACCACUGCCGGUUCUUCAACUACAGCGAUCAACUCAACUACAACUGCUGCUGCUACCACGACUACAUCUAAAGCAACAACUAAAAGCACUUCUGCUGCUUCGUCUGCAAGCACAAUCAGCUGCAAGACAGCUCUGUAUGCUAUGGGAGCCCAAAUCACAAGCACUGCUGCCCAGACUACAAGUAACACUUUGCUGACAUCGACUGAAGCCACAUCUGUGACAACAGCAGCUUCACAAAGUACUGAAACACCUACAACUGCUGACAGUACUACAGCGAGUCCAUCCACACUGACUGAUACAACAGCAGAGAACACAACUUCACCUCCUACAGCUGCUGUACUUACUUCCACAGCAGAUCCUGCUACAACUGGACCUGCAGCAAACACUGAAACAGUUCAACCUUCAACAACAGCCACAAAUGACCUCACUUCCUCGACUGUAACAACGCAAACUACAGCAGCUUCUACUGUUGUUGCUACUUCUGGCAGCACUGCCACUGUAACAACCUCAGCUCAGACAACAGCUGCUCAAACAGCUUCCACAGCCAGUGAGAGUACAGCUGCUACAUCGACUGCUGCUGCCUCUGACUCUACCACAGUCACUGCUCCAACAUCAACAGUGGAGGCGUCUACCAGCACUUCUGCUGACACAACAACAGCUGCUUCUACAACUGCUGCAACCCCCACCUCUGCUGCCAAUGUAGCAACCUCAGUUCAAACUUCAACAUCAGCAUCUACAGCCAGUGCAGGUAUAACAGCAAAUUCUGCUGUUGCCUCUGACUCUACAACAGCUGCUUCUACCUCCACCAUCUCUGCCAAUGCAGCAACCUCUGUUCAAACUUCAGCAGCUGCUCAAACAGAAUCUACAGCCAGUGCAAGCACAGCUGCAAAUCCUACCACAUCUGGGGCAUCUACCAGCACUUCUGCUGAAACAACAACAGCUGCAUCUACAACUGCUGCAACCCCCACUUCUGCUGCCAAUGUAGCAACAUCUGUUCAAACUUCAACAUCAGCAUCUACAGCCAGUGCUGGUGCAACAGCAAAUUCUGCUUCUGCCUCUGACUCUACAACAGUCGCUACUUCUACAUCAACAGCUGGGGUGUCUACCAGCACUUCUGCUGACUCAACAACAGCUGCCUCCACCAGCUCUACCAAUGUAGCAACCUCAGUUCAAACUUCAACAUCAGGAUCUACAGCCAGUGCAGGUACAACAGCAAAUUCUCCUGCUGCCUCUGACACAACAACAGCUGCUUCUACCUCCACCAGCUCUGCCAAUGCAGCAACCUCUGUUCAAACUUCAGCAGCUGCUCAAACAGAAUCUACAGCCAGUGCAAGCACAGCUGCAAAUCCUGCCACAUCUGCCGCUGCAACCUCUGACUCAACGGCAAUCCCUGCUUCACCAACAACAGCUGGGGUAUCUACCAGCACUUCUGCUGACACAACAACAGCUACUGCUCAGCCGGCAACCACCGGAGGUACAACUGUGAAUUCUGCCACAACUGCAACUGUCACCAGUUCUGUAGCUGCAUCUUCUAACAGUGCCAGUGCAACAACUUCUGCUUCUACCAGCCCUGCUGCUGUGACAGCAUCAUCACCACCAGGACAAUCAACAUCCUCAGCUGCUUCCACUGUAGCUUCAUAUGUGUCUGCAUCGAUCAACCUCACCAACACAGCCAACUCCAAGUAUGACUUCAGCUCAAAACAGUGCUACACUGACCACUGCAUCUUCUCCAGCUGUGUCCACCACGACACCCACCUCUUCAACUACAACUACAGUAGCCACUUCAGCAACUUCUGCUGCAUCUACCGGAAUGUCUACAACCACUGUGAGCACAGCCAAAACAACAGCCAGCACUGCUGCUACCUCAACAACCACACAUUUCUAAGAGAAACAGUUAUGAAAAUGAUGUUGCUGCUUUUUCUCCUAAUUGGAGCCCAAAUCACAAGCACUGCUGCCCAGACUACAAGUAACACUUUGCUGACAUCGACUGAAGCCACAUCUGUGACAACAGCAGCUUCACAAAGUACUGAAACACCUACAACUGCUGACAGUACAACAGCGAGUCCAUCCACACUGACUGAUACAACAGCAGAGAACACAACUUCACCUCCUACAGCUGCUGUACUUACUUCCACAGCAGAUCCUGCUACAACUGGACCUGCAGCAAACACUGAAACAGUUCAACCUUCAACAACAGCCACAAAUGACCUCACUUCCUCUACUGUAACAACGCAAACUACAGCAGCUUCUACUGUUGUUGCUACUUCUGGCAGCACUGCCACUGUAACAACCUCAGCUCAGACAACAGCUGCUCAAACAGCUUCCACAGCCAGUGAGAGUACAGCUGCUACAUCGGCUGCUGCUGCCUCUGACUCUACCAUAGUCACUGCUUCAACAUCAACAGUGGAGGCGUCUACCAGCACUUCUGCUGACACAACAACAGCUGCUUCUACAACUGCUGCAACCCCCACUUCUGCUGCCAAUGUAGCAACAUCUGUUCAAACUUCAACUUCAGCUUCUACAGCCAGUGCAGGUACAACAGCAAAUUCUGCUGCUGCCUCUGACACAACAACAGCUGCUUCUACCUCCACCAGCUCUGCCAAUGCAGCAACCUCUGUUCAACCUUCAGCAGCUGCUCAAACAGAAUCUACAGCCAGUGCAAGCACAGCUGCAAAUCCUACCACAUCUGGGGUAUCUACCAGCACUUCUGCUGACACAACAACAGCUACUGCUCAGCCGGCAACCACCGGAGGUACAACUGUGAAUUCUGCCACAACUGCAACUGUCACCAGUUCUGUAGCUGCAUCUUCCAACAGCGCCACUGCAACAACGUCUGCUUCUACCAGCCCUGCUGCUGUGACAGCAUCAUCCUCACCAGGACAAUCAACAUCCUCAGCUGCUUCCACUGUAGCUUCAUAUGUGUCUGCAUCGUCAGCUGAGCCUUCAACCAAUGGACAGACCAACACAGUGAGUGUGGUAGUCGUCUCUGAUACUGUAACUACUGUAUCUUCUUCUACCACUGCUGCUGCUGCAGGAUCAACCUCUCCAACACAGCUAACUCCAAAUAUGACUUCAGCUCAAAACAGUGCUACACUGACCACUGCAACGUCUCCAGCUGUGUCCACCACAACACCCACCUCUUCAACUACAACUACAGUAGCCACUUCAGCAACUUCUGCUGCAUCUACCGGAAUGUCUACAACCACUGUGAGCACAGCCAAAACAACAACCAGCACUGCUGCUACCUCAACAACCACACGUUCCACUGCUGCUAGUACCACAUCCACUGUAGCUCAUGUAAACCCAGCAAACUCGAGUGAAAUGAGCUGCAGAUCAGGACUAUUAAUGGCUGUGUGUCUCACUAUUGUUUCACAUCUACUGAGCAAUUACGCAGUGAUGAGCCAUGAGAGGAAAAACAGAUUUAUAAGAGAAGCAGUUAUGAAAAUGAUGUUGCUACUUUUUCUCCUAAUUGGAUGCCAAAUCACAAGCACUGCUGCCCAGACUACAAGUAACACUUUGUUGACAUCGACUGAAGCCACAUCUGUGACAACAGCAGCUUCCCAAAGUACUGAAACACCUACAACUGCUGACAGUACAACAGCGAGUCCAUCCACACUGACUGAUACAACAGCAGAGAACACAACUUCACCUCCUACAGCUACUGUACUUACUUCCACAGCAGAUCCUGCUACAACUGGACCUGCAGCAAACACUGAAACAGUUCAACCUUCAACAACAGCCACAAAUGACCUCACUUCCUCUACUGUAACAACGCAAACUACAGCAGCUUCUACUGUUGUUGCUACUUCUGGCAGCACUGCCACUGUAACAACCUCAGCUCAGACAACAGCUGCUCAAACAGCUUCCACAGCCAGUGAGAGUACAGCUGCUACAUCGACUGCUGCUGCCUCUGACUCUACCACAGUCACUGCUUCUACAUUAACAGUGGAGGCGUCUACCAGCACUUCUGCUGACACAACAACAGCUGCUUCUACAACUGCUGCAACCCCCACUUCUGCUGCCAAUGUAGCAACAUCUGUUCAAACUUCAACUUCAGCAUCUACAGCCAGUGCAGGUACAACAGCAAAUUCUGCUGCUGCCUCUGACUCUACAACAGUCGCUGCUUCUGUAUCAACAGCUGCGGCAUCUACUAGCACCACUGCUGACUCAACAACAGCUGCCUCCACCAGCUCUGCCAAUGUAGCAACCUCAGUUCAAACUUCAACAUCAGCAUCUACAGCCAGUGCAGGUAUAACAGCAAAUUCUGCUGCUGCCUCUGACUCUACAACAGCUGCUUCUACCUCCACCAGCUCUGCCAAUGCAGCAACCUCUGUUCAAACUACAGCAGCUGCUCAAACAGAAUCUACAGCCAGUGCAAGCACAGCUGCAAAUCCUACCACAUCUGGGGCAUCUACCAGCACUUCUACUGACACAACAACAGCUGCAUCUACAACUGCUGCAACCUCCACUUCUGCUGCCAAUGUAGCAACAUCUGUUCAAACUUCAACAUCAGCAUCUACAGCCAGUGCUGGUACAACAGCAAAUUCUGCUGCUGCCUCUGACUCUACAACAGUCGCUACUUCUACAUCAACAGCUGGGGUGUCUACCAGAACUUCUGCUGACUCAACAACAGCUGCCUCCACCAGCUCUACCAAUGUAGCAACAUCUGUUCAAACUUCAACAUCAGCAUCUACAGCCAGUGCAGGUACAACAGCAAAUUCUGCUGCUGCCUCUGACACAACAACAGCUGCUUCUACCUCCACCAGCUCUGCCAAUGCAGCAACCUCUGUUCAAACUUCAGCAGCUGCUCAAACAGAAUCUACAGCCAGUGCAAGUACAGCUGCAAAUCCUGCCACAUCUGCCGCUGCAACCUCUGACUCAACGGCAAUCCCUGCUUCACCAACAACAGCUGGGGCGUCUACCAGCACUUCUGCUGACACAACAACAGCUACUGCUCAGCCGGCAACCACCGGAGGUACAACUGUGAAUUCUGCCACAACUGCAACUGUCACCAGUUCUGUAGCUGCAUCUUCCAACAGCGCCACUGCAACAACGUCUGCUUCUACCAGCCCUGCUGCUGUGACAGCAUCAUCCUCACCAGGACAAACAACAUCCUCAGCUGCUUCCACUGUAGCUUCAUAUGUGUCUGCAUCGUCAGCUGAGCCUUCAACCAAUGGACAGACCAACACAGUGAGUGUGGUAGUCGUCUCUGAUACUGUAACUACUGUAUCUGCUUCUACCACUGCUGCUGCUGCAGGAUCAACCUCUCCAACACAGCUAACAUCAGGUAUGACUUCAGCUCAAAACAGUGCUACACUGACCACUGCAACGUCUCCAGCUGUGUCCACCACAACACCCACCUCUUCAACUACAACUACAGUAGCCACUUCAGCAACUUCUGCUGCAUCUACCGGAAUGUCUACAACCACUGUGAGCACAGCCAAAACAACAACCAGCACUGCUGCUACCUCAACAACCACACGUUCCACUGCUGCUAGUACCACAUCCACUGUAGCUCAUGUAAACCCAGCAAACUCGAGUGAAAUGAGCUGCAGAUCAGGACUAUUAAUGGCUGUGUGUCUCACUAUUGUUUCACAUCUACUGAGCAAUUAG